AUGGCGCUAUACGGGACUUCCGACGCCCUGAUGUGCAGGACGUUCCCAACAACCUUACGAGGGCUAGCCCGCUCGUGGUACAGCAGCCUGAAGGCCGGGACCGUCGCCUCCUUCGACCAACUCGCCAAAGAUUUCGAGCUCAACUUCUUAGCUUACGUUCGACCAAAGCCGUCCGUGGCAUUGCUCCUCGGACUGAACCAAAGGGAGGACGAGCCCCUCUCCCAUUUUGUGAACCGCUUUACGACGCAAAUUCGUGGGCUAUCGGAGGCUCACCCCUCUCUGUUGAUGCAGGCAUUCAUGACAGGCCUGCGACCUUCCAGGUUCUUCUAG